AUGUCGGCCCCCCCAUCACCCAAACCGAGCUUUGAGUCCGAUGAUCGCCCGGACUAUAGGGCCAGUAUGACCCGGUCAUCGGUAACACACAGCCCCGGCGCAAUUUCAUUCGGUGAUCAGCCGCGAGCGCGUAGCCCGCGCCGGAAAUCGAUACAGUUUAACGUUGGCGCGGCCGAGGCACAACUUCCUUCGCGAUCACUGAGUCUCAAGGAUAAGCGAAGAUCACAGGGUGAAGGUGUGUCGAUCAGAGAUGUGGAAGUGGAGAGGGAACAGAGGUUGUCUGCUAGUCGUGGCCUAUCUCCGCCGCCGCCAAAGACCUAUGAGCGCGGUGUCUCGUUCGAUACCUUUGAUAAUCGCGAUGCGGCGGAUUUCUCCUUGACCAUGAAUUACAAGCAUAAGGGGUACCAGAGUACGCGGCGGAGUAGGACUUUUCUAUGUGGUACUGAUCAGAAUGAUUAUUCCGAGUUUGCGCUGGAAUGGCUCUUGGAUGAACUUGUUGAUGAUGGGGAUGAGAUUGUUUGUCUUCGUGCCGUUGAGAAGGAUUCGCGUAUGGCGAGUGACGCUGCCAUCGAGGCGAGGAAAUAUCGACAAGAAGCAGAGAGACUGUUUGAACAAGUUAUUCAGAAGAAUAGCCAGGAUGAGAAGGCUAUCAGUCUGGUCUUGGAGCUGGCAGUGGGUAAAGUGGAGGAUAUCAUACAGCGAAUGAUCCGCAUCUAUGAGCCUGCCAUGCUGGUCGUGGGAACCCGUGGCCGCAACCUGAAGGGUGUUCACAGUCUGCUUCCUGGAUCCGUGUCCAAGUACUGUCUGCAGCAAUCGCCAAUCCCAGUGAUUGUCGUGCGCCCAUCACCAAAGCGAGAGAAGAAAAAGAAGAAACGCCGCGCAGACCCCACCCGACGAAGCUAUAACCAUAUCUUGGAAAUGAGCGAGCAACGCGGUGUCCGCAUCUUUGACACCAGUUCCAGCGCCGAGACCAGCGCCGAGAAACUGCCUGACGAGGAGGCUGCUGUUGCGACUGCACUAGGCCUUCCUGCAUCAUACUCACACGCUAACUCGCGGAGCUCUCUGUCCGUCUCUGAUCGCAGUAGUCUGAGUCUGAGCCACGACGAUCCUGAUACAUCACCGGUUCCAUAUUCUCUUGACUCGGUCAUGAUGAAGAGCCCGAUGAAUGGGAGCCCCGCUAGCUCGGAGGAGAGCGUUCUUGCUACCGAGGAAACAAAGAGAUCGCCCUCGCCUUAUCCGAGAGGUGAAACACCUUCUCCUGGUCCCGACCAAGAUGGGAGUUCAUCCGAUGAGACCCCUUUGACGGAGACGGAGAAGGGGUUUCCCACGAAUGAAUCCACAGCUGGUGAAUCGUCAUCAAAAUACAACACUGGAGUUUCAAUUCCCGUCAUCGAAGUAUCUGACAACCACGAGCAAGAAAGUCCUCCCCCACCACCGCCAACAACAACAACUACUACUGAAUAA